AUGAAAUUGCAGAAGAUUCUUGGAGAGUCCCCUCCAAUUGCUCGCAUGGACAUCCAACUCCCCAUCAUUUCAGAUGAGUUCAAGUUCCAAGUCUGGAGGAAGAUGUUCCGUGCACUCAUGCCAGCCUUGGAGAACCUCACUUUUGACCCAGACACGGCCCAAGCUAACCUGGUGGUGAACGAGAAUGGCAAGCGAGUGGAGUGUGUGGAUCACAAGCAAGCCGUGAGCACUGAUGACCCACAGCGCUUCGAUAAGUCCAACUGCCUGGUGUCGCACCAGAGCUUCUCUCAGGGCGAGCAUUACUGGGAGGUGAUUGUGAGCGACAAGCCCCGCUGGGCUCUGGGCCUCAUCUCGGCCGAGGCAGGGCGCAAGGGCCGGCUCCAUGCCACCCCCUCCAAUGGCUUUUGGCUGGUGGGCUGCAAAGAAGGCAAGACAUACGAGGCCCACGUGGAACACAAGGAUCCACAGUCGCUGAAGCUGGAGGGGAAGCCCAGCCGUAUCGGCGUCUACCUGAGCUUUGAUGACGGCAUCCUUGCCUUCUACGACGCCACUGACGAAGACAACCUGGUCCCCAUCUUUGCCUUCCACGAGCGCUUCACGGGCACUGUCUACCCCUUCUUUGAUGUCUGCUGGCACGAUAAGGGCAAGAACAGCCAACCCUUGGUCAUCUACACUCCAGAACCAGAAGGGCCGUAGUCAACCCUGGGAAGAAGUUAUCGGCACCACCAAACCUAGUCAGCUCUUACUUUAUAGACACACCAAGCCAUGGCCUCUCUUUAAAUGUCCCCAAAGUGUGUGAGCCACAUCCCUAGCCCAUUCUAAAAGACACCCAUAUUGCCUCCGGGUAUAAGCUUGCUGGAACGGAAGUGUUAUAACUUCAGCAUAAACACGGGAUCUGGCACCAAGUCUGGAAUCCUAGCCGCCUCAUUGGUUUCCAAAUGCAACUUCUCUGCCCUUGUAGUUCACCAACUAAAACUGGGGGGAAAUGUGGGCAGCGUCUGCAUGCUCAGAAAUGAGUGAGAGCCUGGGCACGCCUCCCAGUGGCUGGGGGAUGGGGGUCUGGCCGCCCUAGAGAGCUCUGUACCCCAGUCCAGUGCCUGCUGUGCCCCUUCCUCUCUCCCAACACCAGCCAUCUUAAGUCAAGCUCCAUGUCCUCCAUUCCAUCCACCCAUUUAUAUCUGCCAUCACAAUACAGAAGAAUCCCUUUUCUUUUUCUUUUUGAAAGCCUGAGUCUUGGAGACACAAUAAA